AUGACUAAUAAUAAUAAUAACAAGGUUGCCAUUGUAGGACUUGGUUUUAGAUUGCCAGGUGGAUCCAAAACUCCAACAGAGUUGUGGAGUCAAUUGCUUCAAGGUUUCGACGGUGUAUCUGUUGUUACCAAGGACCGUUGGAGCUCUACCUACAAUGACACUGAUAUGAUUAAUAAUAAAUAUGGGGGUUUCCUCAACAUGAACGAAUGGAAAUGUUUUGACAGUCUAUUCUUUGGCAUCUCUCCCAAAGAGGCUCCAUUGAUCGAUCCCCAGCAAAGAAUCCUGCUCACACUUGUGUGGGAGGCACUCGAAGAUGCUGGAAUUUCCCCAACCAUUCUCCGAGGAACCGACACUGGUGUCUUUAUGGGUGUCAGUAACCACGACUACAUGAAGUUGCAAUACAAGGACGUUUCCGAACAAUCCCCCUAUGCCAUGACCGGUAGCAAUGCCUCGAUCAUAUCUAACCGUAUCUCUUACUGCUACGAUUUCCGUGGUCCAUCGCUUACCGUCGAUACUGCUUGUUCCAGCUCUCUUGCUUCUGUUUCUUUGGGUCUCCAAUCCAUCGCCAACGGCGAUUGUAAAGUUGCCAUCUGUGGAGGUGUCAAUGCCUUGUUGGACCCAUCGACCAGUGUUGCUUUUUCCAGUCUAGGAGUUCUCAAUCCAGAUGGAAGAUGUAAAACUUUUGAUGCCGAUGCCAAUGGUUAUGUUCGUGGUGAAGGUGCUGGAAUUGUGAUUUUAAAAUCAUUAGAACAAGCAGAAAAAGAUAAAAAUAGAAUUUAUGGAGUCAUCCUUGGUUCAAAUAUGAAUGAAGAUGGAUCUUUUGACAAGUCAUCUUUGACAACACCAUCGGGUGAAUCACAAUCCAAAAAUAUCGCAAGUGCACUUGAGAAGAGUGAGCUUGCUGCAAAUGAUAUUUACUAUGUAGAGUGCCAUGGAACUGGUACUCCUGUUGGUGAUCCAAUCGAAGUUGGAGCUCUCUCUAACGUUUUUACUAGUAACCAUUCACAAGACUUUCCCUUGAAAGUUGGAUCAUUCAAAACCAAUAUCGGUCAUUUGGAAUCUGCUGCCGGUAUUGCCUCUCUCAUCAAGUCAUCUCUGAUGUUAAAGAAUCGUAUGUUGGUACCAAGUAUCCACUUUAACCAACCCAAUCCAAAGAUUCCAUUCGAUCAAUACCACAUCCAAGUCGUAAAUGAAAUUGAAGUGUUCCCAGAGGACCAAAUUGUAAAUAUUGGUAUCAAUUCAUUUGGAUUUGGUGGUGCCAAUUGUCAUUUAGUUGUUCAAGAAUAUAUUAAUCAAGAACCUGAUUAUUCUUUAGCUGAAAAAGAAAAAUAUUAUAUGGUUCCUACAAGUUCAAAUUCUGAAUGGUCAUUGGAUAAAUAUGAACAAGAGGUAAAGGAUAAUACAAACUAUCAUCAUAUGAUUAAUUUCCAAGAGUUUGCAUUACAUCAAUCCACCAUGAAGGCCAAUUUACUUCACCGUAAGGUGGUCAUUGCCAAGGAUUGGAAAGAGUACCUCGAAGGAACCAAUCCAGCCAUCUCUAAUGUUCUUUCUAGCAGUGACAAUGUACCUGGAGAGGAUAUCCCAGUUUGCUUUGUAUUUGUUGGUCAAGGUCCACAAUGGAAUGGAAUGGGUAGAAAGCUUUAUGAAGCUGAACCAGUAUUCAAAGACACUAUUGACAUUUGUGACGACCUAUUGAAAAAGUACUGUGGCUAUAGUGUUUGGGAAAAGAUCGGUUCCAUUGCCGAAGACGAUCAAAUCACCAUCAACACUCCAAUCAUUGCUCAACCUGCCUUAUUUUUAAUUCAAAUGGGUUUGGUUGCUCUUUAUGGAAAGUUUGGUAUUCAACCUUCAAUGGUUAUUGGCCAUAGUUUUGGUGAAGUAACAUCUGCAUACUUUUCAGGUGCCAUUUCAUUAGAAUCAGCCAUUAAAAUUGUAUAUUAUAGAAGUAUGUUGCAAAACAAGACUAUUGGAAGCGGUAAGAUGUUGGCCAUCAGUCUUGGUUCGCAAUCAUUUGACGAAAAGUAUGGAAAUGAGUUCCAUGAUUUGGAGAUUGCCUGUUACAAUGCUCCAGAAUCAAUCGUCGUCACUGGAAAGGAGGAUAGAUUAAAAGAACUAGCCAGCCAGCUUACAAAGGAGGGUAUCUUUAAUGCCUUCCUCAAGUCUCCAUGCUCGUUCCAUUCAUCCUACCAAAAGGCCAUUAAAAAGGAGGUACUUGAAUCAUUGGCCGAUCUGCCAUCCACAUUCCGUCCAAUGGUGCCAUUGUUCUCGACAGUCUAUGGUGAUCUCCAAACCACCCCAGUCGAUGCUCAAUACAUCUACAAGAACCUUCGUGAACCAGUCCACUUUGAAAAGGCUAUUUCCAAUCUAUCAAAGUACACCAAGAGCAACCAACACAAGCGUCUAGUGUACCUCGAGAUCACUCCUCACCCAACACUCGCCUAUCUCAUCAACAAGUGUGGUAAUGCCGGUUUGCGUACCAACGUAAUGUCGGCACUCCACCGUUCCAAGGAUGAGUUGUUGACAUUCUACUCGUCGGUGGCACAGUUGUAUUGUCAAGGUGUCAAUAUUGACUUUGGCACACAGUUUGAUGAGUCUAUCCUAUCGACCAAUCUCUGGAAGGAGGUGACCAACAUCCUACCCCGUUAUCAAUGGGAGAGUGAUACCCAGUACUGGAACGAGUCGUUGUACAGUCACGACCUCCGUCUCAAGGGUCCAACAAUCGAUUUAAUCGGUUGGAAGAAACACUUGAACGGGCAGGAGAGUUUUGAAACCAUCAUUGACGUCAAAAAGAACUGCUAUGCCUACUUGAAGGACCACAAGGUGCGUGGUAAGCCCAUCUUCCCUGGUGCAGGCUACCUCGACAUUAUCCUAGAGGCAGUCGAGUACUUGGAGAAGCAUUCAAAUGACCAACUGACAGCUGCCCACACGUCCAUCCUCAUCCAAUCCAUCGAGUUUCUCAGCCCGUUCUUUUUGGUCGAGGGUGAGCAACAACAUCUCCAGACUACGAUCGAUCGUAUCUCCAAGAAUGUAUACCAAUUCCAAUUCUACCAAAAGGAUUCGAUCAACCAAAAGAAAUGGAGUAAAAUGUGCAAGGCCAAGAUCCAACUGAACCCACAGUCAUCGAGCCAGAUCCUCAACGACACUAUCCUCCAAAGUCUCACAUCUGUACCCAAGGUUGAUUUGUUGCAACUCAAGGCCGAUUGUGAUGUUUGUUCAAUCGAUCGUUCCGAACUCUACCAUAGAAUCGUUCGACUUGGUCUCGGCUAUGGCAAACACUUCCAGGUGAUUGACAAGUUGUGGGUUGGUCCAAACUUUGAAUCUCUGUGUCUGCUCAGCUUUGAUGGCAACGAGGUCAUUGAGAACCACCGAAACAACUACAAGAGAGUGUUGAAUGCAAUGGUAUUGGAUAAUUGUUUCCAUGGCGUAUUGGGUAUUCUAGAAGACAGCAACCAACAUUUUGUAGUUGAACGAGUCGACAAGAUGCAAGUCUAUCCGCAGACCCUCUUUAACCAAACCGAUGAAAUUGACCAACUCUAUCUCUACACUCGUAUACUCAACCCAACCGAUCACUCUACCCAGGUGCAUGCAACCUGUCAAUUGAUUGGACAGGACGGUCAAGUCAUUGUAGAGGUUGGUCGCUUCACAUUGAAAUCGUUGGAAAAGUACAAGGUCAACACUAUCAAGAAGCCAUCUGACCAAGUCUACACUAUCAACUGGCAAUCCAAAGAGUCAUCUCUUCCCAUCCCAACCUCUAUCAUGGCCGAUCCGAUGACCGAGUUACACGAUAAGAGUCAAGUACUUGUAGACACUGAUUUUGUCAACUACUGUUGUCUCUUGUUAAAAGAGACAUUAGAGACUAUCAGUGGAUGGGACUGGACCAAGAAGAAUGCACAGACCAUGGAACAAUACAUGAAGUCAGUUGGUAUCGACACUAGCUUUACUCGUUUCCUUACAAGACUGUUUGAAAUCCAUUCUUUGGUGCCAUCGGCUGCAGACUAUCAAUCCAUGUCUCCCAUCGAUCUAAAGUCAAAGGUUCUUGCCAAGUAUCCCGAUGCCAAUCUCGAGUUGACAUUGAUCGAGCGUGCAACCUCUAUCAUUCCACGUCUGCUCCAAGGUGACAGCACUGCCUGUCACUCGCUGUUUGAGAAUAACCUUCUCAGCUCCUUUUACACCUCUUCAACAGCCGUUGACUAUUAUUUGGAGCAAGUUGGUAGCACAAUCCAAAAGGCCAUUGGUAAUAUUGUCACAAAGUCUGACCAAGACUGUAAAAAGGUGAUCAAAAUACUCGAAGUUGGAGGUGGUACUGGUUCACUCACCACCAAGCUCUUGACCAAGUUGGCAUCACUCUUUGAAGGUACUACUUAUGAAAAGUCCGGUGUCGAGGUUGUCUACACCUUUACCGAUAUUUCAGCAUCGUUUAUCAACUCUGACAUUCAAUCCAAGUUCCAAAAGGUGAUUGAAAAGAGUAAUGGAUGUAUCAAGAUGGUUUACAAGACACUGAAUCUUGAACUCGACUAUGCCUCUCAAUCAUUCCUUCCAUCCGAUUAUGAUUGUAUUGUAAUGUCCUAUGUAUUGCAUGCCGUUGCUGAUUUGGAAAAGGGUAUUCGUCAACUAUACGAUAUGCUCGCACCAAAUGGUUGGUUAAUGUUUAUCGAACCUUCACCCAAGAUGACAUUCUCUGACAUUGUGUUUGGAUGUUUCCAUCAAUGGUGGCAGUUUAGUGACCAGUUCCGUACCGAGCAUUGUGCCAUCCGUCCCAACGAAUGGUCUGAAUUGUUGUGUAACCAAAUUGGUGGGUUCCGUUACCCAGUGUCAUUUAUCAACUUUGAAGAAAAGGAAAUUGGACAAGACCACUCGUUUGUCGUACACGCCCAAAAGCAGAGUAUAUCCGAGUUUAGAGUCAGUCGUGACUCUGUCGCCUACUGUUCUAUGAUUGUACCAGGUAGUGCCACACUCGCCAACGGUCUCACCAACAAUGGUGUCAACAGUCCAACUAUCGAAGGUCGCAAGUCUCUCAUCUCCAAGUAUCUCCGUGACUCACUCGUACUGUGUCAAGAGAAAGUCGAUGUGAUUGAAACAGAGUUACUCCGCAACCCAUCACUCCAAGAUGAAAAGACUAUUGAAGCAAGCUUGUCCAAGAGCUCGAUUGCAUUCUUUAUGACUGGUGUCGAGACACUCAAUGGAAACUACCAACUCGUGACCUACCAACUCACCAAGCUCUUCCAACUGGCCGGAGCUAUGGCCGAGAGAGGUGUGCAUGUCCCCAAGAUUGUCGUGCUCACCAAGUGUGCCCAACGUACCAGCAAGAACUAUCUCAAUGCCUCGUUGAUUGGGUUGACCCGUACUGCUAUGAACGAGUACGCAGACACUGCACUCCAAAUCUACUCGAUCGACAUUGAAGAAGAGGAUACUGCCGACUUGGCAUUCAUCAUCAAGCUCGUAUCGAUGGAGAUGGCCGACAAGGAGUAUAUCGUCAAAAAGGACGGUGCUGUCUUGGUACCACGUCUCUUCCAGAAUCGCCAACUCAUCGAGCCCGUCGACGCCAAGAAAUCGCAGGUCGCCUACGAGACCAACGUCGACAAGCUCUACUGCAAGUCCAAGCAAAGUCUCGACUACCAAUUCUGCACGUUGCCCGAGGUACUCGCACCCAAUGACAUUGAAAUCAAGGUGCAAGCAGUCGGUGUCAACUUUAAAGACAACCUCUUUUACAAGGGAUUGUUGCCAGCCGAGAUAUUUAGAAAGGGUGAUAUCUACAACCCACCAUUUGGUCUAGAAUGUUCUGGCACCAUAACUCGCAUUGGGUCUGCUGUCAGCCAGUGGAAGAUUGGCGACCAAGUACUCGGAUUUGCCCGUCACAGUCUUGCAUCGCAUGUAACCACCUCGCAACACCUCGUUGUCCAGAAACCAGAGUCCAUCUCGUACUCUGAAGCUGCAUCGCUGCCCGUCGUCUACUGUACUGCCUACCACUCGCUCUUUAAGGUCAACCACAUGGACGAGGACGAGACUGCCCUGAUCCACUCGGCCACUGGUGGUGUCGGUCUCGCCUGUCUCAACCUGCUCAAGAUGAAGGGUGCUGCUGACGGUAGCAUCUACGCAACAGUCGGUUCCAAGGACAAGAAGAACUAUCUUGUCCAACAGUAUGGCUCUAUGAUCAAGCAUAUCUACAGCACUCGUGACAAAGAGUAUGCCGCCGAGCUUAGAGGAAAGAUCGACUGUCUUGUCAACACUUUGUCUGGCGAGUACACCCAAUCCAACUUUGAAUCAAUGUCGUCGUUUGGUCGUAUCGCCGAUCUGUCCGUCACCCACAUCUAUGCCAACGAACCAUUAGACAUGGGUAACUUUAAGGGAGACAUUCAGUAUUGUGGUGUUGACUUGGAACGUCUUAUCGACGAGAAACCAAAGCAACUCCAAAAGAUGCUAGAAACCAUCGUCGGUUGGGUCGCAGAGGGUAAGCUCAACAAACUACCCAUCCAAGUAUACGCUGCUGAACGUUCCAAGGAAGCCAUUGAAUCACUUGGCGAGCGUGGUCACAUUGGAAAGAUCAUCAUUGACUGCUCUGACAUUUUGCAUCACGAGCAAAAGAAUGAAAAGGUUGAGGUUGCCAAAUCCAACUAUCUCGUCGACCUCAAGGACACGAUCAUCAUUACCGGCCAGACUGGUAUCUCGUUGCAAAUCAUUGCCUGGUUCAUCAAACACUCCAAGGUGUCUCACAUCAUCGUCAUUUCAAAGUCCUCGUUAAAGUGGAAGCUUGAAAAGCUGAUGAAAGAGCCACACAAGCGUUUGGUCAACAUUGUAUUUGCAAGCUGCGACGUGUCGGUCAUGGAGAACCUCACCCAGACCGUCAAGAACAAACUGGCCAACGCACCACCCGUCCGCGCCGUCUUCCAUUUGGCCGCUGUCUAUGACGAUGUGCCCAUCUCCAAGGUGACCGCUGAAAACAUCUCCAAUGUCCACAAUCCAAAGGUGUUGGGUGCUAUCAACUUGCAUCGUCUGUCAAUCAUCAACUGUUGGAAGUUGUCACACUUUAUCUUGUUCUCGUCGAUUACUGGUGUGAUUGGAUACUAUGACCAGGCAGCCUACAACUCUGCCAAUGCCGUACUCGACUCUCUCGCCAACUUCCGUCGUCAAGCCGGUCUCCCUGCACUCGCUAUCAACUGGGGUCCCCUCGACGCCAGUGGAAAGGUCGCCGAGAAUGAAGCUAUCCAAUCGUUGUUUGCCAGUCGUGGACUGCCCGUCCUCUCGAUCGGCAAGUUCUUUGGUGCUCUAGAAGCAGCACUCAACCAAUCCAACGUGCUCAACACUAGCGGCGCAUUGAAUCUCUACCAACUCGUCAUCACGCCAAUGGUCACAUCACUCUUUUUCGACUCUUACGAACACAUGCGUCCCAAGAUGGAGCAUCUCAUCUAUGCUGGCUCUGAACGCAAUGCAAGAUCUUCAUCAUCGUCGAAUGGAGGAAUAGGUGGAGCAUCGCAAAAGGAAAGUUUCACGAGUGAAAGUGUCCUUGAAAAGCUGACCAACAAGGUAUCCGACCUACUCUCGAUCAACAAGUCCAAGCUCAACCUAGACACCAAGUUAAAGGACUAUGGUCUAGACUCGUUGUUGACCGUCCAAUUCAAGGGAUGGAUUGACAAGGAGUUUGAAAACAAGAAUCUAUUCUCGCAUAUUCAACUCUCCUCUUCGAGUAUCAAUGAUCUUGUUGAAAAGGUUGUACAAGCCAAGGGUAUCCCAUCGACUGGAGUAUCUGCUAAAGCAGCAGCAGUCACCAAGAAACCAGUUCUUGCCAAGACUACAACCCCUGCAUCUCUGCCCAACCCCAACAUGGUGGUCGGAUCAACCACACCGGUUGCAGAAGAGCCAGUAAAGGUAAAGUCAUCUCCAAUGGUACAAAAACCUAUGCAACAACCAAAGCAACACCAUUUGAUUGGGUCUCCCAAGAUCUCUGCCAAUGUCAGUCGCAACCACAGUCUUCCAUCGUCUGUCGCAUCUCCACUUCCACCAUUGUCUGCUGCCUCUGCUGCUGCUGCCGCCGCUGCUUCUACCAACUCGUCGUCAUCGCCAAUGAAACAUCCAGCUGCCAUUGUCAACCGUCGUCUAUCAUCAAUCAUGUCACCAAGUUUGAUGCAGACUGCACCAACAAGCAACAACAACCCAUACAUUUUGGGUAUUGGAACGGCUGUGCCCAACGAGCCACUCAAGCAGUCAGAGUUGUCGGCCGUCAUGUCCAAGGACUUUUCGAGCGACCCGUUGGUCGUCGACAAGGUGUCCAAGAUCUUUGAGCAAUCGCAAAUCAACACUAGAUACCUAUACCGUAAUCCAUUGCGCGAAGAGACUGCUCUACGUCAUCGCAAGAAUGAAAAUAUCAAUGAUGUUAAUCGUCAGUUCCAAAAGUGUGCACCCGAUCUCUCACAACGUGCCUGUGAAAAGGCCAUUAAAGAGUGGGGUGGUAGUAUCCAAGAUAUUACUCACAUUGUGUCUGUGUCAUCAACUGGUGUCGUCGUGCCUGACAUCAACUUUGUGCUGAUCCAACGUCUCGGUCUCAACAAGGAUAUUGAACGUCUAUCUGUCAAUUUUAUGGGUUGUCUAGCCGGUCUCUCGUCGAUGCGUGCCGCUGUACCACUUGCAAGCAAACAUCCCAAGAACCGUGUUCUGGUAGUCUGCACAGAGAUAUGUAGCACCCAUUUCUCGACCAAGGAAGGUGUUGACCAAAUCGUAGCGUCGACCAUCUUUGCCGACGGUUCAGCCGCCUACAUUCUCGGUUGUAACCCAACCAUCUACGAACACCCACUCUUUGAGGUGAUUGGUUCUAUGACUAGAUCGGUACCAGACACUGCACACACAAUGACAUGGGAUAUUAGUACCGAUGGAUGGGACCUCGGUCUCGACCAGUCCAUCCCGCACCACAUCGGAGGUGGUAUCGAGUCGUUUGUCAAUGAUCUCUUGGCCAAGAACAAGAGUCAAACACAAGACCUCACACCCAAGGAAUGCGAAUUCCUCAUACACACUGGUGGAAAGGCUAUCCUCAUGUCGAUCGAGCAGAGUCUUGGCAUCACAUCCAAGCAGAACCAACACUCGUGGGACAUCUACCGAAACUACGGCAACAUGUCUAGUGCAUCGGUCAUCUUUGUACUCGAACAUGCUCGUCAUUCAAAGUCACUACCUCAAUACUCUAUCUCUCUUGCCUUUGGUCCUGGUCUUGCUUUUGAAGGUUGUGUCUUAAAGAAUAUGGUCUAA